AUGGCUGCGUGGAAUCCUGCUGCUGCGCAGGUGGUCAGGGAGAAGACCAGAGAGAAGCAGCAGGAGGAGGAGGGAAGAAGGAAGGGAGAAGGAGAGUUCAAAGGGAGGCGGGAUCGGCUCCAGGGUGCAAGACGUGUCACUGUUGACUAUUACUGGAUUGGUUUUGAAUAGGCUGGCAUAAUAGUAUCUGAAGGCUUUCUGGUAUAUCAUUGCAAAGGAAGCAUUUUAUCUUUGGUUGCUGGUCUUUUCUUUGGCUUAUUGGCGGGUUAUGGAUCUUACCAUAUCUCCUGUGACCCCCGAGAUGUCAAAAUGUCACUAUUCACUACCUUCUUUCUAGCCACUAUCAUGGGCAUAAGGUUCAAGAGAUCCAAGAAAGUAAUGCCAGCAGGGAUUGUGGCUGGCCUAAGCCUCUUGAGGAUUUUGAGACUCGUCUUAAUGCUCAUAUAUAAGAAUCCCCAGAUACCAAGGACUUAA